CUACUGAGAGUCCUGUGGAAGCUGCAGUCUAGGUUUAAAGAAGCCUGUUUAUCUUCAUUAAUGUGUGAUAAGGAAUCCCUAGGGGAAAAGUAUAGACAGUCCUGACAGAUGGCUGGCUAAUUAAAGGCAGGGGGAGGUGGUCAUUCUUGGCUGUUCUAGACUCUUUAGUUCAAAUUUAUUAUUGCUCAAAGGGACCAUGAUGGAAAGCAUGAGACCCAGUUUUCCCCAAGAGCAGUUUCUAAGAGAUGUUGGGGAAAGAAUUCCUCUUAUUAAUGAGCCCUGCUAUCCUACAACAGGCAAGUGAAGAGCAAAGAGUAGAAGAUGUACGACUGAUUCGAGAUCAGCACCCAACGAAAAUACCAGUCAUUAUUGAAAGGUACAAAGGGGAGAAGCAGCUUCCAGUUCUGGAUAAAACCAAGUUCCUGGUACCAGAUCAUGUUAACAUGAGCGAGCUGAUCAAGAUCAUCAGACGGCGCUUGCAGCUGAACUCGAACCAAGCUUUCUUCCUGCUGGUGAACGGACACAGCAUGGUGAGCGUCUCGACGCCCAUCUCGGAGGUGUACGAGAGCGAAAAGGAUGAGGAUGGAUUCCUUUACAUGGUCUACGCCUCUCAGGAAACCUUUGGAGUGCACUCGGCUGUGUAAGGCUUCUAGCCUAGGAUUUUGGUUUGACCCUCACGCCCCAGGAAAAUGAAAGGGAUGUCACUCUGCCCUCAGUACCAUAGUGUAGUCUUGCUUUAGCAGGUGUUCUCAUCUUGCCUUGCCUUGUUUGUGGAUAUUAAAGAGAGGAGUGCCAGUACAGACAGGCAGAUCCUGCUUUGAAAACCUACUGUAAUAUUUAACACAGGCACACUUAAGUUUCUGGACUCUGAAUGGAACCAUACUUUGCAUAUGUAAAUAGCCAAUAAAAGGGACACUCAGCUGGCCUUUGUAAUAAAGGAAUUGGCACCUUUUCAUGUAGUGAACCCACGUGUCUCAGUGUGACAUCUUUGUGGCAAAUCCCUCUACAAUUCCUUAAAAAAAAAAAUCCAGCUUGUCAAGGAAAGGGUUGUGUGUUUUUUUUUUUUUGUUCUACUGGAGAGCAAGGACAGGGAAUAUCCUAAACUUUUGGGUCAAGUUAUGGAAUUGCUCUGCUUCAGUGCUUGCAGUCUGUUGCAGCACAUGGUUGGGAGGGAAGUUUAUCAUCUUUCUUGGUACCGCCGCUGUAUAAGGAGGUGCCAGAUAGUUAAAUAUUCCCAUUGAACACCCCAGCUUUCCUCUAGUUUUAGGAAGUGCAUAUGUUAAGGUUCUUAGGCUAAUAGCAGUGAAGGCUGGAGAUUUCUCUCAGCAUUUUGUAUUUUGACUGAUAUACUGCUGCUCAGUAGCAUCUUGUUUUCCUUCUAACCUGUAGGGGUCUCUUUUCUUUGCCUCCCCUCCCCCCCACCCCCGUGCAACCUGGAAAAUAGCAGGUGGGCAGGGUUGGUGCAAAGAAAUGACUUCAGUAAACAAGACUGUGGGGAUAGAUGCAACCAGUUGCAAAGCAGGCUAAUGCAACUGGAAAAACGAGUAGUGCCCCAUAAUGUUGAGUCUUUGGAUCCGCCUGGUCCCUCCUCCACUCUCGCUCCAUGUUCGCAGCUGUGUGGUUACCUAUAAGCUCUACGGUGCAUCCAGGCCUUCUCAUGUGUUGUACACCCAUCCAUCCUGGAUUCAGAUCUGCUGCUGGAAAUAUGAAUCCAAACUGCCUACAACCGUCUGUCACUUGUUGUGCAUGUUAUAAGUGAGGGGGUAGGGGAAAGUGCUCUGUUUUAAAAGCAUUUCACGUUAGGAGCAAAUGGUCAUCCCAUCAUUGAAGUUUCUCGCCACUUGCAUGUGGCUGAAAAAUCUUGGCAUUGCUGUUGUCACUAUAAAUAGGGGCUUAUCCUGUGGAGAAGGAAUGUCUCGAGUAGGAUCACUGUCCUCCUUCUAGAGUUGAUGUUGUAAAGUGGAGUAUAGCAGACUGAAUAAGAGUUAUCUUUAUAUGACACACAUCCGUGAACUAAUUGCAUCUGUUACUGAAAGUUAACUUGCUAUAAUUGGGGGCGGGUGGGGAAAAAAGCAAUACUACUGCAUCUGGGCACUCUAGAUCAAUAAGGUGUACAGUUUGUAUCUGCUGACACCUUUUUGCAUGCAUCUUGUUCAGUGCUUAUUUCUAACUUUUUUUAAUUAUUUUUUUUUUAAACGUUUGUUGUGUUUUUACUUCAGCGUAAACUCUUCAGUGCAGCUUGUCCUAUGUUUUUAUAGUUUGGUUUAUGUAAAAUCAUGGUUUCACUUGAGACUGACAGCCAUUCUUGUAACUACUGUGUUCGAUGACAGAUUCCUGUACAAAUGUUGCUUUUUUUAAAAUUAAUACAGUGCUGAAAUGGAUGGAUUACAUCCCACCGUAA